GGAGGGGAGGGCCGACGGGCGACGCGGGUCGGUCGGCUUCGCUCGCUCGCCAGAGCCGCCGCCCCCGAUUCUCGCUACCCGAGACAGACCGAGCGGUGCUUCUGGAAGGCGCGCUACCUUCCUUCCCCGUGCCCCGCUGGCGCCGGGACCAGCCAGCCAGGCGACCGCGGUCCCGACCGCGGACUCAGAGGGACGAGCGUCCUCGGACGGCCGGACCUGGAUCCAUAGAGUGAGCCGCUUCCCUCCCUGCGCGGCUCGGGCAGCGGCGGUCGGCCGGCCCGAGGGUGAGCGAUGCCGCCUGGCGGAACCAGUUCGGCCCACACCGGAGGCCCCGUAACCGAGCGGCUCACCCAAGCAGCUUCCGAACACCUCUGGCUUCCCCGCCUCAUUCGCCGGGCUCCUGGGAGUGCAGCCACCCUCCCCGGAAAUAAACACAAACCGAGAUGCGCAGGGCUGGAGGUCCAAGGUGAAGACUGUGUUAGAAGACAGGAAGGUCGUGUUCUCUGGUUAUUCCCCUGAUAAAUAAAGAAGAAAGCAGGAAGGAGCAAAGCAUUGAUUAUUAAUGUCUUAAUAAUGAGCAAAUGUGGCAGGAAAAAAUAUAUGAAGACAAAUCUAAGACAAAUGACCAUGGAAACAAUUGACUCUCAGCAGGAUGGAAGUUUACCAGAUUCUGUGGCAGAGAGCGAAUCUGCUCACAUGCAGACGCAGACUGGUCAAAAUUCAAUCCCCACUUUAGCUCAGGUUUCUGUAGCUGGAUCCAGCACCGGAAGAGGCUCCCCAGCUGUAACUCUAGUACAGUUACCUUCCGGCCAGACUGUCCACGUCCAGGGAGUAAUUCAGACACCACAGCCAUCCGUUAUUCAGUCACCACAAAUACAAACUGUUCAGGUAGCAACCAUUGCAGAAACAGAUGAGUCUGCAGAAUCAGAAGGUGUAAUUGAUUCUCAUAAACGUAGAGAAAUCCUUUCACGAAGACCCUCUUACAGAAAAAUACUGAAUGAACUUUCCUCUGAUGUGCCUGGUGUACCCAAGAUUGAAGAAGAAAAAUCAGAGGAAGAGGGAACACCGCCUAACAUCGCUGCUAUGGCAGUACCGACUAGCAUAUAUCAGACUAGCACGGGGCAAUACAUUGCUAUAGCCCAAGGUGGAACAAUCCAGAUUUCUAACCCAGGAUCUGAUGGUGUUCAGGGACUGCAGGCAUUAACAAUGACAAAUUCAGGAGCUCCUCCACCAGGUGCUACAAUUGUGCAGUACGCAGCACAGUCAGCAGAUGGCACACAGCAGUUCUUUGUCCCAGGCAGCCAGGUGGUGGUUCAAGAUGAGGAAACUGAACUUGCCCCAAGUCACAUGGCUGCCGCCACUGGCGAGAUGCCGACUUACCAGAUCCGAGCUCCGACCACUGCUUUGCCACAGGGAGUGGUGAUGGCUGCCUCCCCCGGAAGCCUGCACAGUCCCCAGCAGCUAGCAGAGGAAGCGACACGCAAACGGGAGCUGAGGCUAAUGAAAAACAGGGAAGCUGCCCGGGAGUGUCGCAGGAAGAAGAAAGAAUAUGUCAAGUGUCUUGAAAACCGCGUGGCUGUGCUUGAAAACCAAAACAAGACCCUCAUUGAGGAACUCAAGGCCCUCAAAGAUCUUUAUUGCCAUAAAGCAGAGGAAGCUGCUAAAGAAUGUCGACGUCGAAAGAAAGAAUAUGUCAAGUGUCUGGAGAGUCGAGUUGCAGUGCUGGAAGUUCAAAACAAGAAGCUUAUAGAGGAACUGGAAACCUUGAAAGACAUUUGCUCUCCCAAAACAGAUUAGUAGAAAUAUUUAACUAUGAACUGAUUACAACCUGUACAGUUGCUUUUGAAGGCAAUACAAUAUAUAGCCGGCAAGAAUUAUGGCUUUUUUUUUUCUCCUUUGUAUCAUUCAGUGUAUUUUCUAAUCUCUAACAUUCCCAAACUGCUUCACUGUACGUAGUUAACUCUUAGCUGUAACUUCAAUUUUUUUUAAAGGAGACAAACUGUAAAAAAAGUCUGUAACAGAUUCUUAAAAUGCAAUAUUUGUAAGACUUGUUCCAAUGCCACAUAUUUGCAAUUCCCAAUCUGUGUCAUGAAUAGUGUCCUAUGCAAUAAAAAUUUUUUGCAGAUCUUUAAAAAUCAUUUUAGGAAAGGGUGAUCAAAGAUAGAUGCAUCCAGCAGUACAAUAAAAAUAAAUCACAAAAAAAUACCUCAGGAGAGAAUGGAAAGAAAGAAGGAAUGGAGAGAAUCUAGUGACAUGCCUAUGUGAAAAAUAAUAGCCUAUAAAUGAAUUUACGGCAUUUGCAGAUUUUUAUAUUGGUUGCUUUGUAAAGAAAAUACUGUAUUGCUGUCUUUGAAUGCCAGAGUUGACAACAGUUUCUAAUAGAACCAUGUUGGUUACA